CAGUGUAUUGCUUAGGUUGAAGUCCUCUAUUAUUGCUAACAGAUCUGCAGACUCAGGGUCGGUGUGUCUCACGUUUGCGCCUCCCUACAUGGGGUGGUGCAGGUUGAAGUCGCCAAGCAGUAUCUGCUCAUUAGAUAGAUUGUUGUGCAGUGUCGUACGGACGUCUGUCAGCACGGUGCUGUCGCUCUCGCUGCGUCUUGCUAGGUUGUAGAUGUUGUGUAUGGUAAUGUGUUGUCUCUCCUGUCAGUCGUCGCUAAACUCUACUGUGAGCGAGCAGAUGUCUCUGCUGUGCUCCUUAAACUGCCACUUCUUAUAGUCUAGUCUUUUGUUAAUAAAGAAACAAACCCAGGCAGGUCCUGCCUCAUCUCCUGCUGGGCAGCAGAGGUGGAAGGCGCGUUUCGCUGGAUGGUGUGUCGUCGCCGCGAAGGGGUUCCUCCAUGGUUCCUAGAUGGCCAGAAUAUCGUACUCGUGGAUCCUAGGGUCUCGCAGCAUGCUCGCCAUCACUAUGUCUCUUGAUCUGUGUACGUUGUACUGUAGUAUGCUUAGUGUGCUGUGUCUAUUCAUGCAUCUUCCUCAGAGUCAAUCUCCAUGUAAUGACUGCUGUUGUUCUGUAUCGCUCGGGUGUUGAGCCCAGUUGAUUCCAGAGCUCUCCUGCUAGGUAUGAUCUGUCAACGCGAUCUUUGGCUCGUGCUUGCUUGUGUCGCUGGGACCUCCUAGUCUAUUAAGUCAGCA